AUGUUUGAUGCUUUAAAGUCAUUAAAACCAAAUUUAAAUCCCAAAACUAUUAUGAUUGAUUAUGAAAAAGCUGCUAUCAAUGCAAUUAAAACAGAAUUUCCUAGUACUAAAGUAAAUGGGUGUUUUUUUCAUUUGUCCCAGUGUAUGUGGCGCCAUGUUCAGGAAUUUGGCUUGCAAAAAAAAUACAGUGAAGACCCUAAAUUUGUAUUGCAAUUAAGAAUGUUACCAGCUUUAGCAUUUGUACCUAAGGAUGAUGUAAUAACUAAUAAGUUCAUAUAG